UUGACGAGAUUUUCUGCAGACGAUGAAGCCUCCCACACGUCGCACAUGUUGGCACUACUAACACUGAGCCCGAUAUUGCUGAACCCAGCUUAUUUGGCCCUGGCUGUGUACACUCGUGAAUUGCUCUUCAUCGAGAUGUGGGCCGGCCAACUGCUCUGCGAAGCGUUCAAUUGGGUCCUGAAGCACGUAAUUCGGGAAGAGCGGCCCUACAAGCACAUGGGUCCCGGAUACGGCUUUCCUUCGUCGCAUAGCCAAUGGAUGGGCUACUUUGCUGCGUUCCUACUCUGCCAUCUCAUGUACCGACACCGGUUCGUGCCCACUGGAUCACUUCUUCUGGACAAUAUACGCAACCUCGUCGUCUAUCUCGGCAUCAUCGCCUGGACAGCUGCUGUCGCGUUCUCUCGCUACGCAUUGACGUAUCAUUCCACCCGCCAGGUACUGUGGGGCGUCGGCAUCGGCGUUGUCUUUGGCACAGUGUUCUAUCUUGUCGUUGAAGUCGUACCAGCUACUCGCCCAAAAUCCCUUCCGGGACGCUUUCGCAACGCGGUGCUGAGCAAUCCGGUGCUGACAUGGUUCAGACUGCGGGACGGCUGGGCGGUUUACCCGGAUGGUGGCACCGAGACGCAGUGGUUGACCUGGAAAGCCAGAUGGGACGCUACACAACGGACAGCCACGUCUUCUGUGGGCAAAAAAGAAAAACGCCGAUAGCUAUCUGACGUGUCUCGAUAUUCCAUCCGCUGUAGGGAUGUCUGUCAGUCGCUAAUGCUAGAGUUAACCCAUGACGUCAGCAGAUAGAGAUAUGGACUAGAGAGCCAAACGAGGGCUGAAUGCAUUGAAGUGGCAG